GAUUGAAAAUGAAAGUACAGAUACUUCUUCUUUUCACCAUUUUCAUAUUGACGAGCUUUACCGAAGCGCAUAGAGAUACAACUUCAAAUUUUCUAAUGGACAGAUCAUACGUACUAAAACAAAUCGAUUGUGUCUUAAAGAUAAAAGAAUGCGACGCGAUUGGAAAGAAAAUUAUAGCAUUGUUGCCAGAAGCAGUGAACAAUCAUUGUAGAAAGUGUACAUCUCGACAAGCUGCACUAGCAAAUAAGUUGAUGAUCUUUAUGGAACAAAAUUAUCCCAAUCAAUGGCGAUUGAUUCUACAAUAUUAUAAAACGACGAAAUAAUAAGGAUGCCAUAGGGAAACAAUAUUUGACAAUGGAACAAUCAAUUAAGAGGACAUUCCUGAAAAAAAUUAUAAAAAGACUGGAGAAAUUUUUGGAGAAAUUUUUCACAAUAAUAACUAACU